CUCACCCAAAAGAGAGCGUGGUCUUCGUUAUCGCGUAGCUGAUCAAAAGAUGAGCUCGAAAGAAAAUAGAACAAUGGGAAGCGCGUUGUCCGCACCUGGAAUUUUCAUCAAACCAGAACCAGAAGAACUGCACGCAGUUCCGUCUCCUGAGUCUACGCGCCACAAUUCGAAAAUCUUGACCCCCACCCCAACCAUCAAGGCCGAACUAAGUGAAUCGAAACCUAUCCUGUCAGAUAGGGGCACCACAGCCCCAAGCAAUGUAGUUCUCAAUAGUCAACAUAACCUUUCUUCAGCUCCUGACGUUAAAAACUUCAAACCGGAACCAGAGCCGCCACACCGACAAACGAUGCACGAGCCAGUGUUAUAUCAGCUCUACGACUCUGCUGACAAUAUUUCAUACACCCCUGAAGCUGCUCUUCAGGCGGGUCUUGGCAUGGUGAAGACUCUAAAGGCCGGAAUCAACAAACUCGAGCUUGGCAGCAAGCUUCGAAAGGAUGUUUGGCUGCGUGAAAUUGAUAAUCUCCUUAAUCAAGGUGCUCCUACAACAAUGAUAGCCGUUUGUGGAGCGACCGGAGCGGGAAAGUCUUCGAUACUAAACGCGAUCUUGGACGACAAUAUUGUCCCAACGAGUGGUAUGAGAGCAUGCACAGCCGUGGUCACGGAAAUUGCAUAUCACGCCGUACCCGCUAUCAAUGCGGACGUCUCAUUCCUUUCCGAGGCUGAGUGGAGAGCAGAACUCGCUGUUCUACUCGAUGACCUUGUGGACGAGGACGGUAAUUUGAAACGUACUACUGACCUUCGGAGUGAUUCGGGUGUUGCUUGGCACAAGGUUCAUGCUGUCUAUCCGUCCAUUGCCCAAGAGCAACUCGUUCACUUGACAGUCGACCAAAUUUUGGCCCGCGAUAAAAAUAUUGCUAACGUCUUGGGCACUACGAAGAAAAUAUCGGCGAAGAAUUCGACGAUAUUCGCCCAGGAGAUUGCUAAAUAUAUUGACUCUAAGGACCAGAAACGAGGUAGCAAGAAGGAUAAGACCAAAGUUUCUGAUAACUCACCCAUGAGUAUUCUUACCAAGGACAAGAACAAAGAGACGAAGAAGAAAGACCAUGGCCCAGCUCUAUGGCCCCUCAUUCGUCAAGUCAAUGUGUGGUGUAACGCCCAAGCUCUUUCCACGGGCGCCAUUCUAGUUGAUUUGCCUGGUGUUGCCGAUGCUAACGCGGCAAGGAAUAGCAUCGCAAAGGACUACAUGAAGAAGUGCAACUGCGUCUGGAUUCUGGCACCUAUCACUCGUGCAGUGGAUGACAAGACCGCCAGAGAUCUUCUUGGUGAAGCUUUCAAACUGCAGCUGAUGAACGGCAACUAUGAUGCCCACACGAUCACGUUCAUUGCUAGCAAGUGUGAUGAUAUAUCUUGUUCUGAAGUUAUCCCCGCCUUGGGUGUCGAGGACGACCCUGAGCUAGAGGAGAUUGAGGGCCGCAUUGAACAAUAUAAAGAGGAGACUAUUGACCUCAAAAAGAAGAAGGCUGACGCAGUGUCAUCGAUGAAAGCUAUCGACAAACAGCUCAAGGACGUUCGAGCUUUUCUAGCAGAGUAUGAGCAACACAAGACGGCACUAGAGAACGGCGAGACAUUUGCACCACAGUUGACCACGACAGCACACAAGAAGGUCCAGAACGCAAGCAAGAAGCGAAAGAAUACUCGCAGGGGGAAAUCUGGGUCACCUAAGCGCCACAAGAGCUUUGGGGACGACGACGACGACGAUUCUGAGAUAAAUGAUAUUGACGAUUAUCUCAAUGACGACAUCCAUGUGGACGAUGAGGAUGAAGGGUCAGACGAAGAGGAUGAAGAGGAAGAGGACGACUCAGACGGGGAGGAGGAUACACAGGACGAGCCAGAAGAGAAGGUUACGGUCGAGGUUCUCCAGGAGAAGAUUGGCGACGCCAAUGAAGCUAUCAAAGUUGGACGCGAACAACUCAACAAUGCACGCAAGGCACGGAAGGAUGCCGUAGAUGCCCUCAGCAACCUCAAAAAGAAGGAGAUGAAAGCGCAGCGUGACAAGAACGCAUUCUGUUCUCUGAAGCGUUCAGAGUUCUCCCGCGAUGUUUUAAAAGAAGAUUUUCGCGUUGGCCUCAAAGAUCUUGACGACGCCGCCGCCGAGGAGCGAAACCCAAAUUCUUUCGAUCCGACUCAGAAUCUGCGCAAUUAUGAUGAGAUUGAUCUUCCUGUGUUCACCUGCUCAUCCCGCGACUACGUCCGUAUCACGGGACAAGUCAAGGGUGAUGGGGACCCAUCAUGUUUCUCCAACGUCGAAGAUACUGGGAUUCCUUCCCUACGGCAAUGGUGCCACCAAUUGACCAUCAGUAGCCGGUCACGCGCUGCAAAGCAGUUCCACACUCACUUGAAGACAUUUGCGAACUCGGUGCGGGUUUAUGUCGAUGGCAUUGGUGAUGUGACCAUUGCAGACCGUGAAUCCCUUCGUGAGAAAUGGGAGUCAACACCACAUGAUGGAGAGGAGAUGUAUGAUAUUGACGAUGAAGGCAUGCCUUAUUGGCGUAGCUCGCCUGAUCCUACGAGCGUUCAUCCCUUCCAAGCAUUUCGAGGCACGAUCCCUAGGGAACUCGUGGAUGCUAGAUUCUUCUCGAUGAAUAAUCAGUCAUCCCUAAAGGUGGACGCUCGCGGAGAACCCAUAGGAGUGACUCCUCGGCUUGUGAAAGAAUUCGGUGCACAUGUCGAAAUAUGCGUCUCGGAUUUGCAAGACUUGUUCCGUGAUGGCCUUGAAGAUAAAUGUCAAGUGGGAGCAGCCAAUGCUGCCGAGGUUGCAGUUCAGCACGUCGAUGAGUUUGCAGGGUCCAUGCACUGGGCAACCUAUCGAGCCACCCUUCGUCGCCACGGAUCUUGGCGCCGGGAUCUGAAUGUCGAACUUGUGACGCCAUUCACUCGAAACAUUGCUUGUUCUUGGUCGACGCUCUUCGAGUCCGAUCUAUUCGCCUCACUAUCGGACGCCAUUACGACAUCCAUCAAUAAGCUAAUCACCGAUGUAGAAGCCAGUGCAGCGGCGGGACUGAAGGACCGCGUACAUGUACAAAGCUCUGUUUCGCAAGAGGAGGCGCGUCAUGCAUUAGGACAAACCAUGGAGGUUGUGAAGGAAGCGCUCGGAAAGGAGCAAAAGGAGAUAUCACGUUGUCUCGCCCCUCAUGUUCAAAACGAACUGACGAAUGGCUACAAUCUCGCCUUGGAAGAGCGAGGCCAAGGAAGUGUCGCGCGACAAAAGGCUGUGUUCCAUAACUACAUUGAUGGGCAUAAGCACGAUGUUUUCAAUGGCGGGGCAGAGAUCCUAAUGGGUCGGCUGUCGACUGCGGCUGAGAUUAUCGGGAAGGCUCUCAACGAAUCACUUCGAGAACUUGCGGAAAAGAUUGAAGUGUCGCUUGCCGUCCUCUGGGAAGACACGCGAGACGUCCCUGAUCAAGUUCGUGCUCGAUUGCAAAUCAUCCAGUCUGUGUCCAAGCUGCUGGAUCAGUUGGACAUGUGGUCAAAAGCAGCGGAGAAGGCAUCUACUGCAUCCUAAUGGAUCAUCGUUUCAUUUUAGAGCAUGUCGACGCUUCUCAUACAAGGAAUUUUAGUGCUUUCGUUAAGGGUACAUUAUCAGCUGUUCUGUAAUCUUUGUGCUUGUAUCUCUAUCGUUGUUUGACAUUCCUAUUGUACAUUCUACUAGCUAGCUUAUGUUUGUGGCUUUUAUUGUUACUAUAGUGCACAGAUCCGAGCAAUCAAUGAACGUUUGAACAA